UCCUUUCCUAGGCUGUUCGGCAUGUGAGAGUCCCGGCUUCUUUAGAGACAGCAGCGAUGGCGUUCCGGUGUCAGCGGGACAGUUACGCCCGGGAGGUGCGAUCUGUCGCGGGAGGGACUCCAAGCUGCCGGGCCAACGGGGCGUUCAGCACCACCGUGGUGUCCUGCAGUCCCGCGGAGUUGCAGACCGAAGGGAGUAAUGGCAAGAAGGAAGUGCUGAGCGGUUUCAACGUGGUGCUGGAGGACACGCUGCUUUUCCCGGAGGGCGGUGGACAGCCUGAUGACCGUGGUACAAUCAAUGACAUCUCUGUGCUGAGAGUGACCCGCCGGGGUGCCCAGGCUGAUCAUUUCACACAGACACCUUUGGUUCCUGGGACUCAGGUCCAGGUCCGGGUGGACUGGGAGCGGAGGUUUGACCACAUGCAGCAGCAUUCAGGGCAGCAUCUUAUCACAGCAGUUGCCGACCAUCUGUUUGGGCUGAAGACAACAUCAUGGGAGUUGGGGAGACUCCGGAGUGUGAUUGAGCUGGACAGCCCUUCUGUGACUGCAGAGCAGGUAGCCACCAUUGAGCAAAAUGUCAAUGAAAAAAUCAGAGAUCGGCUGCCUGUGGAUGUGCGAGAACUGAGCCUGGAUGAUCCUGAGGUGGAGCAGGUGAGGGCCCGGGGUUUACCAGAUGAUCAUGCUGGGCCCAUUCGAGUUAUUACUAUCAAGGGUGUUGAUUCCAACAUGUGCUGUGGGACCCAUGUGAGCAAUCUCAGUGACCUUCAGGUCAUUAAGAUUCUGGGCACUGAGAAGGGGAAAAAGAACAAAACUAACCUGGUAUUUCUGGCUGGGAACCGAGUCCUGAAGUGGAUGGAGAGAAGUCAUGGAACUGAAAAGGCACUGACCGCUCUGCUUAAAUGUGGAGCAGAGGAUCACGUGGAGGCAGUGAAAAAGCUCCAGAACUCCUCCAAGCUCCUGCAGAAGAACAACCUGAACCUGCUCAGAGACCUGGCUGUGCACACUGCCCACAGCCUCAGGAACAGCUCAGACUGGGGAGGUGUGGUCGUAUUACACAGGAAGGAGGGUGAUUCUGAGUUUAUGAAUAUCAUUGCCAAUGAAAUUGGAUCAGAGGAAACACUCCUGUUCUUAACUGUUGGUGAUGAGAAAGGUGCUGGGCUCUUCUUACUGGCAGGGCCAGCUGAGGCCGUGGAGACCCUGGGGCCCAGGGUGGCUGAGGUCCUGGAAGGCAAAGGAGCUGGGAAGAAAGGCCGCUUUCAGGGCAAGGCUACCAAGAUGAGCCGGCGGACAGAGGUGCAGGCACUUCUUCAGGACUACGUCAGCACACAGAGUGCCGAGGAGUGAACGCCAAGAGUGCCUGUCUCCUGUAAACACAGGAGUCUCUUGGACAAUAAAAUAGUUUGACUCAAAAUGGCUGACACCACUUACAAUAUGACCAAUACGUACAAAGUACUUGUGCAAUUAGUAUUUGUGAAUAAACAAUUCUAAUUUGGCCUGUUAUUAGGCAUAA